UUGAGCGAUGUGCUAACUGGGUUGAUCCAAGUCAGCGCGGGUGCAGGUGGGCUGUGGCACGCGAGGCGGCGGCUCGGAUCCCGCUUCUGCCCUGCGGCGAGGGGCCGGUCGUGCGCAGGCUCUGGUGGGCGGAGCGGGUGUGGCCCGGGCUGGACGCCGCACGGGAGCCGGUCUGGGCCGCGGGUUCUCGCGUCGCGCUGCCGCCUCCCCCUGCUCGUCCCGGGGUGGUUCGCGCCGGAGCGCGCGGCGUUUGAAGCGCGGAGCCUGGGCGCCAAGUCCCGCGUCCCGAGUCUGAGCGGCUCCAUGGACUCCCGGCGGGCAGAGCUCCGCGCCCUGGAAGCCGAGAUCGCGGCCCUGCGGCGGGCUUGUAGGGAGACACCGGCGCCUGUGGGAGACACUGCCCAAGCCCGAACAUCACUUCAGGAAAUAUACCGAUUGGAUUCUCAAGGAUGGGGAACAUCAAAAGAUUUGAGGAGUCAUGUUGGACAUUUAGAAUCAGAACUUCUAUUUCUAAGUCGGCUUACUGGUAUCAAUAUAAUUAAUUACUCUAAGAAGACAGAGGAACGAGCAAGCACCAAGAUGGCAGAAGAGAGUUUAACGAAAGUUCUAGAGAGACACAGACUAUCAGGACAUUGCCAGAUGAUUUCAUUUCAGCUGGAAUUUCAGAUUCUGGAAAUUCAGAAUAAGGAGAAUCUAUCUUCUGUUAUUACUGACCUUAACAUAAUAAUGGAGCCCACUGAAUAUUCAGAAUUAAGUGAAUUUGUGUCCAGAGUAGAGGAAAGAAGAGACCUCUUCAUGUUUUUUCGAAGCUUACACUUUUUUGUGGAGUGGUACGAAUACCGUGAGCGCACAUUUAAACAUUUCCAGGAGAAGUACCCAGAAGUCGUGCGUCUCUCCGAGGGGGCCUCCUCCAGCAGCAUGACGGUCCAGAGUGCCAGCCUGCCAUGGUAUGAAUUAGUCAUUGUCUGGAGAAUACAAAUAGAUGCGGAAGGGAAGGUAUUGCCAAAGCUGGAUCUUCUCCCCAAAGUGCCGAAGCAAGCCCUGGAGCUGGACAAGAACAGAGUCAUACAAACUGCUCCUCUCAGUUUCCGAACCCUUCUCAGUGUGCUGGGCAUUGAAGCCACUCUAGAAAGCCUGGUAACAUGCCUCUGUCCCAAGGAAAACUAGGAAGGAGAGCCGGCACCCAGAAGCAUGUGAUUUUAUUGAAUAGAAACAUGUUAUUUUCCACUUAGAAAUCAUAUCUUCUGUUGUCUUUGCCACUAUGGCACAUUAUAUACACCUGUCUUGACAUGAAAAAUAAAUAAAGCUAUUUAAAUACAAAAUGCUAAA